AUGCGGGAGGCGCUCAAGGACUACCCCGUGCCGUCGAAGGUCGAGCUGCAGCACCUCUGGUCCCGCUACGACUUCAACGGGAACGGCAUGCUGUCGCUGGCCGAGAUCGACAAGCUCGUGUCCGAGGAGUACCCGGAGUACGACAACAAGCAGGCGCUCCUGCGCGCCUACAAGUUCGCCGACGUCGACGGCUCCGGCUUCAUCACGAAGCGCGAGUUCCCGACGCUCGUGCGGUCCAUCGCCUACUUCAAGGGCCUCGCGGACGAGUUUGCGGAGCUGGACGCGUCGCACGACCGCCGCGUCGACUUCUCCGAGUUCCGCGCCGGCGCGCCGCGCAUGGGCCUGGACCUGAGCGACUCCGAGGCGCGCGUCAUCUUCCGGAAGAUGGACGCCGACGGCGGCGGCCUCGUGCUCUUCGAGGAGUUCUGCGCCUUCAUGGGCCGGCUCAAG